CAAAACAACAUUUCUUCCGGCAAACGACAUACGACAAGUUUAUAUGACAACUUGAAUAAAACGUUUUAAUAUUGAAGGAGGACUACAUCAGUUCUCAUCACGUCAGAUGUAAUCUCCUGGUAAAAAGACGAAGGCCUCCCAGCCCACGAGGAGACAUGAAUUUAAAAGACUUUGCGGUACUUUCCAAAACAAAAUCUUUACAAUUCAGUGCGAGGAACCCACAAGGCCUGCAGUUGGAGACAGUGACUCUGGCCCAGCAGAGCAAUGAGCUGGAAGAGAAACUGCAAAAACUGAAAGACAGUAUGAGAAGAGAGAAAGGCGAGAGAGGGCAACCAGGAACCUUUUAUCGGAAAUCAGAACAAUUAGCAUCGAUAAGCAGCAGUGCUUUGACGCAAGGCGCCAAGAAAAACCAAAAGCAAUCGUCAGCAGGCAAGUUGAAGAUCCGAGUGCUGAAGGAUGAACCUGUAACUGCGCCACCUCAUCUCCCUCUGUGUGAUACAUGCUGUUGUCCCCAGACAACACGGCAAAGCACGACGACAGGGUCAGUUUGUGGACCGAGAGACGUCAGGUCUCAUCAGCAGAGGUUUACUGGGAAUUAUGGAGACAAGACAAGAGCAGAAAUUACUAAAAAGGAACACUAUCAGGUUGUUAAAAAGGAUUUUGUCAAUUCUCUUCUUGGUGGAGAGUUUGAUGAAGAAGAGUCAGCAAGAUCUUUCCAGGAGGCUCUCAAGGACUGGAGAAACCGAAGGUGUGAUGGUCCUGCCGAACCAGUCACAAUUUGGACUCAAACAGUGUCAGGUACAGCAACCCAAGCUGACUUCCCUCCAGAGGGAGGCCAUAAAGGAGGAAACAGCAACAUAGCCGUUGAAGUGGCGUUCCCUGAAAGCAGUCGCACCUAUUUGGACAGGUUGCUCCUCAUGAAGUAUCGCAGGUAAACGGCAUGAUAAGUGACGGCAUCCUAAACUGAAUUGAAGGACCAAUCAAGCAGACAAACGGUUCUGUGCAAGAAUAAAGAGGUAAUGGAAUUCAAGAGGGUUUUAAAAUUCCAGCUGAAUGCUUUCUAUACAUGUCAAUAUGUUCAGUAAAAAGAUGACCUCUGAUUAGCCAGCAUCAACAAUGUCAUCUGGCAAAUGAAUGUGAUUGUGUUGUGAAACAAAAAUAUCUGUGUUUUGGAUUCAUCAUUCUUGAUGCAAAAUAAAUAUUACAACAGUUGAAUUCUUGAA